AUGCCGACCGUCGUCCUGACGCUCGUCGCCUUCGUUGCCUUUCUGCCCCUCCCGCUCGUCUCGGCCGUCAAGUUCCAGGUCGAAGCCCACCACGACCCGCCACAAAAAUGUCUAUGGAACUACGCCAUGACCGACACCCUCGUCGUCAUCUCCGUCUCGGCCCCGAUGGCCAGCUCGAUGCAACGCCUCGACAUGGAGGUCGUCGACGGCUCCGGCAGCAGGAACAUCUACCAGAGCAAGAAGGGCCUCAAGGGCGAGACGAGGAUGGCGGUCACGACCCAUGCCGAUGCUGAUUUGGGCGUCUGCUUCAGGAACGUGCUCGACCCUUGUGAGUGUCCUCAGACCCGGACAGCGCGCCGCUGUGGACGUGGACGUAGCUCUUCGAGAGCUCGAGCCCGCUCGACGACACCACGCCGGAUCUUUCCACUCGGGACACCGCGCACUGACUCGCCCCUUCACCUCACACAGCCGUUCCGGAGGGUGACGCGCACAAGCACGUACGCGCGAUCGACCUCGACGUCGACAUCGGCGCCGACGCGGUCGACUACAACGCCAUCGCCAAGCAGGAAUCCCUCUCCGGUCUCGAGGUCGAGAUGCGCAAGCUCGAAGGCGUCGUCAAGGAGAUUGUCGAAGAACUCAACUACCUCAAGAGGAGGGAGGCCCGAAUGCGGGAUACGAACGGUCAGUUCAACCGACGCCACCGUGAGCUCACGCAUGGACUUUUCGAACGCUGACGAAAUUUCUUCUUUUGCGCUUCUGGCUUGGGGUUUUCCAGAGUCGACCAACGACCGAGUGCGCAACUUCUUCUUCAUGACCUUCACGCUCCUCAUCCUGUUGGGCAUCUGGCAAAUCUUGCACUUGCGAAGCUACUUCAAAAAGAGUGAGUCGGGAGCGGAACUAGGACCGAGAACCUAAUCUCUCAAGCUGACAUGCUCUCUGUCUUGCGGGUGUAAUCUGCAGAAUAUCUCAUCGACUAG